AAAUGGCAUGCGGGUGGGAUAAGCAACCAGAGAAACGGAAGAAAGUUACCUCUUAUGGUGCAAUUAAGGAAAAAAAUAAUAAUAUAUAUAUACUCUAUGGUCAUAAUUGUAAGCCUAUAAGCAUUGCUAUUUCUUGAAAGCAUUUGAUUUGAUUUUGUUUGUCUUUUAGAAGCUGACUUCAACACUGGGCAAAGCUAAUCAAUUUUGAAUUUUAAGUGGGUUGGUGACAGGAUUGAAGUCACUGCGCUUGAUAAAGAAAAUGGUGAAGGUGCCCGACGAUGUCAUCGAUAUCAGGAUGAGAAGCUCCUGAUAAGUGCAUGGUUAAAGAUUUCCAAGGACGUCCCAAUGGUGGGGAAUGAGCAGAAGGUGGAUUCUUUCUGGAACCGGAUGGCAGAGUACUUUAACUAGCACCGCAAAGAUGGAGGAGGAAUUACUUCCAACCAAUUGAGACAACAUUGGCAUAAAUUGAAUCGAGCAGUUAUGCACUUUGUUGGGUUCUACAGCCAAGUCUCCCAAGGACGCCGGGGCAGGAUGUCCGUGGAGGACAUCAUCAACAGAGCACAUCAACUGUACGGGGAAGAGAUUGGUAAGAAGUUCUUAUUGAAGCAUGCAUGGAGACUCUUAAAGGAUGAACCAAAAUGGAAAGCUUGCCAUGACACAUCAGGCAACAGUUGUUCUUGUUGCAAGAGAAUGAAGGUAUCCGAAUCAGGAGCCUAUAUGUCGUCAUCAAAUCCGGAUACGCCUGGUGAAGUUGGUGUCUCUGAAGAAUGUGAGGUCCAGCCUAUUGAUGGAAAAGCUGUGAAAAGAAGGUAAAAGAGAAACUACAGGAGGAAUCCGAAACAGAUUUUCAGGCAAGAUUUGAGAAACUUAAAUCUCUGGAAAAAAAAGAAGAAGAGAGAAACAGUGCCAUCAUGCAUUUUUCCUGAGUCAAAGAGAAGGAGAUAGAGCUCUCAAAGAGAAGGAGGUAGGAAUCAAAAUCCUUUUGGCGGACGAUGCUUCCAUGAGUCCACUACAGCGAGAAAUUCAUGAAAAGAUGUUGAAGGAGAUCUUGAAAAAAUACAAAUGAAAUGUCUCUUAAAUUGUAUAGUUUUUAAAAUUUCAUGUAACCUUUUAAAUUAUUUCUGUUUAUGUUUUGAUGUAGUCAAAUCUAAUUUAAAUUAUUUUUGUAAGAGUUAAGAUUUACGUAGAAAACAUCCCAAUAGAUAAGAGUCGGAGUU